AUGGCAGCCCCCGCUCCUGGCAAGAAGCUCCGGGUGCUUCUGCUUCAUGGCUAUGCGAUGAACCAGUUUUCGUUCCGCAAGAGGCUCAUGGCACUGCAGAAAGAGUGUAAGGACAUUGCCGAGUUUGUCUUUGCCAAUGGGCCGCAUCACGUUCAGGCCUUUCCUAACGCAGCCAACCCGGACCCGCCGCCGCCUAGCCCCGAUGACCCGCUCGAGAAGCAGCCUCGCGCCUGGUGGAUGAGCCGUGAAGAAGGCUACGUCGGCUGGGAGAGCGCCAUUCAAUCGCUUGCGCAGCUUAGCCGCGAGCAGGGCCCUUUUGAUGGGGUCUUGGGCUUUUCGCAGGGCGGGACAGCGGCAGCGGUCGUCGCGGCGUCUAUUGAGCACCCCGAACUCCUACCUGAGAACCUUGAAGCCAUUCAGACAACGCCUCUUAAGUUUAUGAUUAGUGUAUCGGGCUUUCGCCCUAACGAUUCUGCGUUCGAUCCGUUGUUCUCCGUGCCGCUCCAGACACCUUCCCUGAUCAUUUACGGCCAGUACGUCAUGUCACUAACACAGAAACGACUCUAUCGUUUCGUUUGA